AUGGCCGGAUACCUGAUCAAUAGGCACCCGCUCCAGCGAAUCCCGAGCCCCUCACGAGGCGUGUCAGCCUUGGUUCAUGAGGCAAAACUAACGGCUUGCUUUCCAGUUGGUUGGACUUUCCAGUUUUCUGUGGUCAUUCAAAUAGUAUGGAUCCUCUAUUGGGGUGCACCCGGCCCCUGUGCAGGUAAUCAAGCAUAUGGUUGGCAUUUCCAAUUUUUGACCGUGAUUGGCCUGACUCUGUCGACCUUCACCUUUACAGUUGCACUACUAGCGGAUAUCACCUCGUCCCGGCGACUGUUUUUAGUCAAGAACAUCCUUUCAGUAUGCAGCGCUCCUCUGGAAGUUGUGAUCAGUGUUUUAUACUGGGGUCUUCGUUUGAUCGACGGGCGGUUGGUGAUUCCCGAAGAUAUUUUUAUUCCCAUACAUGCCGACAUCAGCUUCCAUGCAACUCCAUCGGUAGUCAUGCUGAUUGACCUCCUACUCCUGUCCCCGCCCUGGACAAUCACUGCACUUCCUGCACUGGCGCUCUCUAGCACUAUAGCCUUUGGCUACUGGUUCUGGAUUGAGCAAUGCUUUUCUCAAAAUGGAUGGUUCCCUAGGUACCCGUAUCCUAUCUUCGAAGCACUGCCCACCUCAGGUCGAAUUGGCCUAUUUACACUAAGCGCCGUCAUCAUGGCGACAAGCACUAUCACCCUCAAGUGGCUCUAUGGACGCAUCAAUGGGUUUGGAACGCCUGUCAAGUCAGUUUCUCGCCCGGGUGACAUCAAGCGAACGGACGGUCUGUGA